AUGUUCAUCUACUUCUUGUUUUUCCAGUUGUUGGCUUGGACUUUUGCCCAGACCAACUUCACCAACCCCAUCAUCUGGCAAGACCUCCCAGACAUCGAUCUAAUCCUCCACGGCGAUGCAUACUACUACUCGGCCUCGACCUUUCACUUCUCACCCGGAGCAGUGAUAGCCCGCUCCUACGACCUCGUCAACUGGGAAUACCUCUCCCACUCGGUCCCGAGUCUCGACUUUGAGACCACCGAGGGCUUCGACCUCGUAUCCGGGCCCGGACAGCGCUACAACCAGGGCAUUUUCGCAUCCUACUUCAACUACCGCAAGAGCACCGACACAUUCUAUUGGGGAGGGUGCAUUGUAGGCGACUGGAAGACAUUGAACAACAUAUUGAUGGUCCCGGAUGACGGGUGGCAUACAGUCAACAAGGGGGACGAGAUCGAAGGUGUUGAGGUCAGCGGGACCACAAUCUGGUUGCGUCUUGAGGUUGGCGUCAACUCGCUUUAUGACCAGGAGGGACGAUUCUCUUUCAGCACUGAUGGUGUCAACUUUGAGUCUCUUGGUGAGCCACAUCAGGAGAUUGAUCGGGGGUUCGUCUACUUCAUGGGAUAUCGGUACGGCGUCUUCAACUAUGCCACACUUGCUCGAGGCGGUGCUGUCACGAUCAAAUCUCUUAGCAUCCGCGAGUAG